CGUCUGGUGAUGUCACAGACCCCAGAGGAGAAAAGCCUCACCAAGACCAUAGACCAACAGUGGAGAAUGAAUCCACCCAUCCCACCACAGUGCAGGAUAUCACAGGAAUUAUGGAUGUGGGCCAAAUGUCAAGUCUUGUCCUCACUGCGUAUGCCCUUUGGUAUUGGGAACAGUCUGCCAGCUCUCAAAAAAGCUGCAGGCAAAGAAGGGUCUUGUAACUCAGUCUCCAUCACACCCUACAAACCUGACAACCCUAUGAAAUCCUCGCGAACCCACCAGGAACUGCACCGAGAACUGCUGCUCACGUAUAAGAAGGGCCUGGUCCUACACAGUAAGCCUGAACUACUGCGCGUUAUGGAGAAGAGAAGGUCUCAGUGGCAGGAACGUCAGGACACAAAGACGUCUCCUUGCCCCCUACAGCAGGAACUGCACAAGUGGCAGCUGCGAAGAGAAGAGAAAGAGCAGAAAUCAACGAAUGAAGGUCCAGCAGUCCAUGAGUUCCUCAAAGUGAGAGAAAACCUUCGUAAAUCCUCAACAAAAGAUGCCCAGAGUCCACCACCACCUGUCAGCUGAAUACAACUUUCAAUAAUGGACCUGUCCAACCACAAUAUGACAUGGACACUUGUCCUUUUGAGAUACUUUGCAGACUGUUUGCUCCAUCUGUGUUCUGGUGGUC